GAGAAACCUUUUGAAUGUUUAGAGAGUGGAAAGACAUUUUGUCAGAGUGGUUAUCUUCAACUGCAUCAGAGAACCCACACAGGGGAGAAACCUUUUGAAUGCUCAGAGUGCGGAAAGAGAUUCAGUCAGAGUAGCACUUUUCAACUGCAUCAGAGAACCCACACAGGGGAGAAACCUUUUGAAUGUUUAGAGAGUGGAAAGACAUUUUGUCAGAGUGGCUAUCUUCACCUGCAUCAGAGAACCCACACAGGGGAGAAACCUUUUGAAUGCUCAGAGUGCGGAAAGAGAUUCAGUCAGAGUAGCAGUCUUAAAGUGCAUCAGAGAACCCACACAGGGGAGAAACCUUUUGAAUGCUCAGAGUGCAGAAAGAGAUUCCUUGACAGUAGUACUCUUCGGAAGCACCAAAGAACCCACACAGGGGAGAAACCUUUUGAAUGCUCAGAGUGUGGGCAGAGAUUCAGUCAGAGUGACAAUCUUAAGAAGCACCAAAGAACCCACACAGGGGAGAAACCUUUUGAAUGCUCAGAGUGCGGAAAGAGAUUCAGUAGGAGUGCCCAUCUUCAACUGCAUCAGAGAACCCACACAGGGGAGAAACUUUUUGAAUGCUCAGAGUGUGGAAAGACAUUUUGUCAGAGUGGCUAUCUUCAACUGCAUCAGAAAACCCACACAGGGGAGAAACCUUUUGAAUGCUCGGAGUGCAGAAAGAGAUUUACGCAGCGUGGCAGUCUUAAAGUGCAUCAGAGAACCCACACAGGGGAGAAACCUUUUGAAUGCUCGGAGUGCAGAAAGAGAUUUACGCAGCGUGGCAGUCUUAAAGUGCAUCAGAGAACCCACACAGGGGAGAAACCUUUUGAAUGCUCGGAGUGCAGAAAGAGAUUUACGCAGCGUGGCAGUCUUAAAGUGCAUCAGAGAACCCACACAGGGGAGAAACCUUUUGAAUGCUCGGAGUGCAGAAAGAGAUUUACGCAGCGUGGCAGUCUUAAAGUGCAUCAGAGAACCCACACAGGGGAGAAACCUUUU